GCAGCGGUAACAUCUUUGAUUAUACGUGUAUAUGUUUUGUUUGUAUGUAAUGUUCGCGGGGAAGUAUUUAAACUUGUGGUGGAUGUUCGUGUAGUUAUUGGUGUAUCAUCGUGGUAUUUAGGUUUUGCAAAAAGAUUCAAAGCCUGUUCAAAGCCUCAUCCAUAUGGCGGAAGUACUCCUGAGUACAGCAGAAAAGACUUACAUUUUGCACGGUGUUGACGAGGAUUUUAGAACGGACGGGAGGAACAGACGAACUUACAGACCCAUCGAAUUAGAAACAGAAGUGGUAAUUCAUGCAAAUGGUUCGGCUCGCUUGCGCUUAGCAAACACCGAUAUUUUAGUGGGCGUAAAAACAGAAAUUGACACUCCUUUCCCCGAAAGACCAAACGAGGGAAAGAUAGAAUUUUUCGUUGACUGCUCUGCAAAUGCGACGCCAGCAUUCGAAGGCAGAGGAGGUGAAGACCUAGCCACAGAAAUUAGUGCAAGUUUGGCAAGAGCGUACAUGUCCUCACAAGUUUUCAACCUAUCGCCUUUGAUAAUUACACCUGGUGUUCAUUGCUGGAAGCUAUAUGUUGACAUUCUUAUCUUAGAAUGUGGAGGUAACCUUUUUGAUGCAGUCUCAUUGGCAGUUAAAGCAGCCUUGCACAAUACCAGAGUGCCAAAAGUCGAAAAUGAAGGAAAGGAUGGUGACGAGGAAAUGCUUGUGUUAUCGCAGAAUUAUAACGACUGUACUCAUUUGGAUGUUUCAAAUACUCCUGUUCUAAUUACACUUUGUAAAAUUGGCGAUAACUGCGUAGUUGAUCCGACAGCCGAAGAAGAAGCGUGUAGCGUUGCAAGUGUGGUCAUAGCAGUAACUGAAUCCGGGUUAGUUACCUCAGUUUUCAAGACUGGAGAAGGAAGCCUGAGCCCCCAAACUUUUCGGGAUGCUCUAAUUGAAGGCAGAGACAUAGGCUACAAUCUUAACAAGACACUGAAGAAUGCAUUACUUAGAGAAGCAGAAAAGGGAAAUGAAGGAGGAGUGUAUGAACCAUACGGAUUUUUAAAAUAGCGGAUAUAUGGAGCCAUAGAGUUGUUUUGUGUCAUUUAAUUCCGUUGUACAUAAAAAUAAAAUAUUUAAUGACA